ACAAAUUAUAGACAUAAACUAUAUAAGAUAGAUUUUAUGGUGAAAUUUGAAAGAGUCCUGUUGCAUGGGAGCUAUCUUUAAGGAUUCGUUUGACGUCUUCUUUAUUAUUCUCUUCGAGGUGGAUAGGAUAUAGAAAAAGAAGUUUAACAUAAAUCAUGGAACAAACAUCAGAAGUUAGGGUUGAUGUCAACAAUAUGCAUUAGCCUUAUAAGUGAUGGCAUGCAUUAGUUACAUUAACAAUAAUGAGUGACAAAAUUAACAUGUGUUAGUGCAAUCAAACAAGAAUAUUUAGAAAAUUAUAGUGUGGUGAUAGUCCUUAAGAGAUCAUAGCCAAAUAAUGAUUAUUUGAAAAUCAUAGUCAAUCAAUAUUUGUGCGAGGACCAUAGUUAGAAAUUUUUAAAUUUGCUUCAAUUGCCUGUUUUUGGCUCACAUCGGUUCAAUUUGAAAUUUUUAAUUAUGAUUCAAAUGUUUGAUUUAGGCUCAUUUGAUCCCACAUCGGUUUAAUUUUAAUGUUAAUGGAUUUGUCUCAUCGAGACAUUCAAUUAGAGUGUAAAUAUGAUAAAAGAAAAGUUCAGAUGAUACUAAAUUUAAUUUCGGUGUUUUUUAAUUUGAAUAUUACAUCUAGUUCCAUGAUGAAUCGGGUGAUGAAGUAUCAAAUAUAUUGUAUUCUUAUAUCCUUUAUUUUGAUAUAGAAUAAUUUCACGUUUUUGGUUGAAUUUGUUUAAAAAAAUAUUUUUGAUGUGGGUUAGUUAAUUAAUGAAUCUUCUCAACUCAUCCUCUUCCCAUAUAUCUUCAUUUCAAAGGACUAAUUCGCUCGCUUCGGCUCUCACAUCGCAUUCAACCUCUCUCACCAACUCCCACGCCAAUCUUAUAAAUUUCCUUCUCUCUUUCCCUUCCCAAUCCACGAGCUCAAUCCUCUCCUCUUUCCCCAACCACCACACUCACAAGCCACUUAACCGACAUGCUCAGAUCCAUGGCAACCACCGGAGCUCCACUUCUCUUCAUUCUCCUCCUCGCCGCUUCCACCGCUACACUUGCCGCCGACCCCGACGCGCUCCAAGAUAUCUGUGUCGCCGACCUCAACAACACAAUUAAAGUGAAUGGAUUCGUCUGCAAGCCGGCAGCGGCGGUUACGGCGGAGGACUUCGCCUUCAAAGGCCUGGCGAAGCCGGCGGUGAUCAACAACACCUUGGGAGCGGUUGUGACUGUCGCGAACGUUGAGAAGAUUCCUGGGCUGAACACUCUGGGAGUUUCGUUGGCCCGCAUAGACUUCGCACCCGGCGGUCUCAACCCGCCCCACACGCACCCGCGCGCCACCGAGACCGUGUUCGUCCUCUACGGCGCCCUCGACGUGGGCUUCAUCACCACCGCAAACAAACUCAUAAACAAAACCAUCGUUGUCGGAGAAACCUUCGUCUUCCCCCGCGGCCUCGUCCAUUUCCAGAAGAACAACGGGGAUAAAGCCGCCGCCGUUAUUUCAGGCUUUAACAGCCAGCUUCCAGGCACGCAGCCCAUAGCCGCCGCCCUUUUCUCCGCUUCGCCGCCAGUUCCGGAUAAUGUUCUCUCCAAAGCCUUUCAGAUUAGCACCAAGGAAGUGGAGAAGAUUAAGAGCCGUUUCGCUCCGAAGAGCUAAGGAAUACAUAACAUGCUUUGCAAGUUCCAAAAUCGAUUUUUUUUUUCUUUUUCUUCCAAAAUUCACCACCUCUGUUUCUUGGCAUUGGCUGACUGAAUUUGUGCCUCCCCUGUCGCCUGUAUUGAAUUCUUAUCUCUUUGAUUACUGUGUUUUUUAAGUGUUUGAUUCAUCCGGCUUUAAUCAAUAAUGAAUCAUGACUGCAACUCUAUUCAAUUGAGUAA